AUGGGAAAGAUUCAGAAAAAGACCGGAAAGGGACGUCUGGAUAAGUACUACCACAUGGCCAAGGAACAGGGUUAUCGUGCCCGUUCUGCGUUCAAGUUGGUCCAGCUCAACAAAAAGUACAACUUCCUCGAACGGUCCAAGGUCCUCAUCGAUCUGUGUGCUGCCCCAGGAGGAUGGCUCCAGGUCGCUUCCAAGAUGAUGCCCGUCAGCAGUUUGAUUGUCGGUGUCGAUCUUGCACCCAUCAAGCCCCUGCCCAAUGUUAUCACCUUUGUCGAGGAUAUUACGACCGAAAAGUGCCGUGCUACUCUUCGUGCUACACUCAAAACCUGGAAGGCUGAUGUCGUACUGCACGACGGAGCCCCCAAUGUCGGAGCUGCCUGGGUACAGGAUGCGUUCACACAGUCAGAGCUGGUAUUGCAGUCACUGAAGCUGGCAACAGAGUUCCUGAACAAGGGAGGAUCCUUCGUCACCAAGGUCUUCAGAUCCAAGGAUUACAACAACCUCAUGUGGGUCUUCCAGCAACUGUUCAAAAAGGUCGAGGCCACCAAGCCCCCAUCCUCCAGAAAUGUCUCUGCCGAGAUUUUCGUCGUCUGCCGUGACUUCUUGGCCCCCAAGAAGAUUGACCCCAAGUUCUUGGACCCCAAGCACGUCUUCUCAGAAGUCGACACCGGUAUGGUCGGUCAGCCCAUGGAUGUCUUCCACCCCGAGAAGCACAAGCGUCAGCGUGAGGGUUACGAGGAUGGAAACUACACUCUCCACAAGACCUUGGAUGCCUGGGAGUUCAUCAAGGACGCCGAGCCUAUCACUGUCCUCGGUAGUUUCAACCAGUUCUCUUUCACGUCGGACGAGUCCCGGAAUGUGUUUAAGAGCACCGAGACCACGAAUGAGAUCAAGGAGUGCUGCGAGGAUUUGAAGGUGUUGGGCAAGAAGGAUUUCAAGAACUUGCUCAAGUGGCGUCUCAGCAUUCGCCUGGAGGUCGGUCUCGACAAGAAGCCCGAGCCCAAGGCCGCUGUUCAGGAGACCGUCGAGGUCACUGCUUUGGAUGACGUUGAGGCCGUUGAGGAGCACGCUGCCUCCGCCGCUGCCGAUGAGUCGCGUCAGGAUCGUAUCCGCCGUCGCCAGAAGAACGAGCGCGUCCAGAAGAACGUCCAGAGGAUGCAGUUAGGUAUGAUCAUCCCCACCGAUAUUGGUCUGGAACAGGAUGCUGACGGUCAGUCUCUCUUCUCGUUGACCAACAUUCAAAAGGCAGGAAGCUUGAAGAUGGUCCGCAAGGGAGAUACGGACGUUGAUCCCGAGGAGUUCAACGCCGAGAUGGACAUGGGCGAGGAUAUUGUCACUGGCGAGCAGGAUACCAAGGCCAUUUCGAGGCGCAAGGGCAAGAGUAUGGUCAAGGAGGACCUUGAUGCUGAGUUCAUUAACGACGGGGGCAUGGUCAGCGAUCAGGAGGGUGAUGCUGAGCUGAUGGAGGACUUGGACGAGAUGUAUGAGCAAUACAAGGAACGCCAGCUCGAGCGUGACGCCAAGAUGCGUGCCAAGGCCAAGCGUGAGGACAAGGGCGAGUGGAAAGGCUUCAAGAAGAACGGAUCUGGCGAGGAAGAUUCGGACUCGGAUGACGACACUCCUAACCAGGCUCCUCAGAACGACGACACAUCCGACUCGGACUCUGACUCUGGUGCUGAGGACGAGGAUGGUUUGCCCGGUGCCUACAACCACAAGAAGACCAUCAAGAAGAGCUCCAAGAAUCCUCUAUUGGUCGGUUUGGACGAUGCAGAGCAGGCUGAGCUUCGCCAAAAGACCGAGAGCGGAUUGACCAAGGGCGCCAAGAUGUUCUUUGACCAGGACAUGUUCAAGGGCUUGGUUGGCGAUGAUGAGGAGGACGAGGAAGCUGAUGACGAGAGCAACGAUGACGAUGAAGAAGAAGAGGAGGAUGAGGCUGAGGAGGCUGAGGAUGUCGAGAUGGACAGCGACGAGGAGAUCCGUCAGUUCCGCCGUGACAGAAAGACCCUCAAGCGCAAGGCCACCGAGGCUGCUGAGGGUGAUGAGGAAGAGGACGAUAUUGAGAUGGUUCCAUUGGGCAAGGAGUUCAUGGACGACGAGAUGUGGGAUGGCGAGUCUGACGAAGAGGACAGCCGGAAGCGCAAGCAGAUUAGCGAGUACUCGUUGAUCACUGCCGAGGCCAUGACUCUUGCCCAGUCCCUUGUCAACAAGAAGGCAACCAAGUCCGACUUGAUCGACCAGGGUUUCACCAAGCAGGCCUUCGCCGAGAAGGACGGUCUGCCCGCAUGGUUCUUGGAGGAUGAGGAGCAUCACAACGUCCCCAACUUGCCCAUCACCAAGGAGGCCGUGCAGGUGAUCAGGGACCGCAUGAAGGCUCUGGAUGCCCGCCCGAUCAAGAAGAUUGCAGAGGCCAAGGCCCGUAAGAAGUACAAGGCUGCCCAGAAGUUGAUGAAGAUCCAGAAGAAGGCCGAUGCUAUUAACGAUACCGAGGAUAUUUCUGAGAAGGAAAAGUCGAUCGGUAUUGCCAAGUUGUUGGCCAAGGCUGCUGGAGCCAAGAACAAGAAGCCCAAGAAGGAGGUCCAGCUCGUCGUCGCCAAGGGACAUAACCGUGGAGCCAAGGGACGCCCCAAGGGUGUCAAGGGAAGAUACAAGAUGGUCGAUUCAAGGAUGAAGAAGGAAAUGCGUGCGACCAAGAGGAUAGCCAAGAAGGCCAAGGGAAGCAACCGCAGAAACUACCUCUUUGUCAUUGUAACCUUGAUAAGUGUUGAUGAUAUGACGCUGUUGGAGGACCCGUGCAAACGGACGGGAUAG